AUGAAGAUGAUUCUAGUCGGAUGUGGCGGAACGGGUGUGGAGCUGCUAAAGAUUUCAAGGGGCAUUGCCAGCGAGGUUCUCGUGAUAGAUCAUGACAGAGUCAACCUGACGAAUCUCCACAGGCUCUUCAUGUUUACUAGUGGAGACAGGGGAGAGUACAAGUCGCAGAAAGCAUCUGAGUUUGUGUCUAAGAUGUAUGGGAUUAAGGCAAGCUUCCUAACGCAAAGAAUAGAAGAAGUGUCCGUAGAUGUUCUCGAUCGGUAUGACGUGAUUUUUGGGGCUCUUGACAACAUCGAGGGAAGAAUGAAUCUGAACCUGAUGUUCAGAAGAUCCAAGUGUAGGCUCCUGAUAGAUUGCGGAAUAAGUGGCUACAAAGCACACGCGAAGGCUGUUUACAGGGGGUCUUCGUGCCUGUACUGUAUUCGAGAGCUUUAUAGAGAGGACGGGGUAGGAAUCUGCUCUCUGAGCUCUUUGCCCGAGAAGAUAACAUCAGAGAACAGAGAAAAAGUACUUCGGUCUUUGGUGGAGCUUAGGAGGGACUUUCCUGGAAAUAGGAAGGAGAAAAUUGAGCAGAUAGUCAACGAGUUCAAUGCUUUGGCCGAGGAGAAAUUGAGGACAGAUGCGUUCGAUGUCUCUGGGAUGUACGAUGGAAUAAUGCCAAAUGUAUGCUUUAUUAAUUCCAUAUGCGCAAGCUUGGCCUAUAAGUUGCUAGACGGCCCAAACCUACCCUACGACUUCAUAUUCUACACCGGAGAGGAGAAUAUUGCCCUUGAAAAGCUAUGUCUUGGGAGGGAUGAGGAAUGCAUUGUAUGCUGUACGGAUACCUAG